CAACAACAUCACAGCAACAAACUCAACAUCCAGCACCUAUAUCUUCAGAGCCUUAUCCAGAAGAAUUUACCAAUAUAGAAGUGUACGCACUCACAGUGCAUUGGAUAGGCUUGAUCUGUGGUUUCAGAUAGGUUCUGUACCAACAACUACGUUUGAUUAUAGGGUCUUCAUCCAGCUAGUCCAGCCUGGUGUCUCAGAAAACUACUUGCAAUCUCUCCCAAAUACAAAGCCAUAUGUUGCCAGCAUAAGGAUCUUUGCUUAUCUUCUCAUGUUCUCCAUGGCCAGCUCUUUCCUCAUUCCAUUGCUGAUCAUUUCAUUUUCCACCAAUUCAUCCAAAAUAGCUCAUCAUUUGGCCUAUGUCACACAGCUACUCUUCCAAAUCGUAACGGUCUUUCUCAGCAUUAUCAUGCCUGCUUUGAAGAAGUAUUUGUAUUCAAAGAUACAGUCCCCAGAAGUUUACACUGCUAGCGCUGGAUUUCCCCUUUAUUGGCUCGUUGCUGGUUCCAAUAUUACAUUAUUGUUGGCGAAUAUCGCAGUUCCCUUCUACGAUCAGUUUAGCUUUGAAAGAAAAGAGAAGAAGAGGUUGGAUGUGAUCAGAAAUGCCAAUCGUAUUCCAAGGAUGGAGCAAGCUUAACUUACACUGGACAGUGUCGUCA